AUGUCACUUCAUCUCUGUGUAGAUUGCGGUGGCUCGAAGACCUCCGCCGUCAUCUGCGAUUCCUCUGGCACAAUCCUCGGACGUGCCCUCGGCGGGCCAUCCAACUUUGCUUACCUUGGGAUCGCAGCCUUCACUGAUGCAGUCAGAGUCGCAGUCAGCAACGCACUCAAAACCUGUGUCUCCCCACCCUCCAUCGAGCCCGUUUCUCUUCCUCCCUCCUCAGAAAUAUUCGCAACAGUCUGGUUCGGAAUCUCCGGCGUAGACAGCCCAGCAGCCGUUGUCAACGCCUCCAAUGGCCUCUCCGCCCUCCUCAACGUCCCCGUAGGACCCCGCCUCAUCGUAGCAAACGACACACAUCUCCUCGCAGCGCCCCUCCGCCUCCACCCUGACAUCUCGCACGCCAUCGCUGCUAUCGCAGGCACGGGUUCGUGCGUCGUGUCCUUCAAACAGACGCCCGUCGGCACACUCGAAGAGCUGGCGAGGACAGGCGGGUGGGGGUGGAUUUUGGGCGACGAGGGAGGCGGGUUCCACGUCGGUCGCGAGACGCUCCGCCAGAUCCUCCUCGACGACAACCGUGCCUCGCUUGGAGGCACCAAGCCCGCCCCGAGCUCACUGAAAGAGAAGAUACUCGCUCGAUUUGGCGUCGAGGGCGUGGAGAAUGCUCCAGAGGUCCUCCCCGUCGUGCACCUCCCCGAGCCCUCGCUGACCGCAAAUGAGAUGCCAGACGUCCCGUCCUACCUCCUGGUUGCACGCGAGAAGAGGCUGAGCCAGCUCGCUCCCCUCGUAUUUGACGCUGCGUUCAACGAGGGCGAUCCGUUCGCACUGAAGGUGCUGAGGAUAUGUGCGCAUGCGCUAGCAGAGCAAAUCGCCCUUCUUUCUCGUGAGGAGGGAGAGGACCCAGCGCUGAAGCCGAGAGGGGUGAGGGCAAGGGAGAGUGUGCUGUGUUUUGGAGGAUCGUUGGUAGGUGUGGAAAAGUAUAGGGAUAUUGUACUAGAGGAACUAGAAGGGAUGGGGCAUGUGUUCAAGUACGUGGAGUUUGUGGACGAUGCUGCCGCGGUGGGCGCUGCUGGCCUGGCG